AUGCUUUUUGGAAUACAUUGUAAUGGUACAGCAGAAUUUCGUUUUUUGCUGAUGGAAAUUACAACAGGGUCCUUUAACGCAUUAAUAACACACGACUAUAAGAUUUCAGAUAAAGUCAUGCAGACUGUAUUUAUGGUUGCUGAGAAGCCUUCAUUGGCUGAAUCAAUUGCAAAAUCGUUGUCGAAUAAACGUAAUUCAAGUAGACGGGAUUCAAUGGAGCAUGUUCUGUUCAUGAAUGGACUGGUCAAUUUAUGA